GCCCUCGAGAAGCUGGCGGGAGCGCACCACGUGGCUGUGGGCGCUCUGGCGCAGGCGUCGUGGCGAGGCCUCGGGUCGACUAGACGUGGGCGCCCAUGUAGUCGGGCCGCGGGCGGGCGGGCGGACAGGCGGGCGGGCCAGCCGAGGGGUGCCUGCGCCCCACCACGCACGAUGCUGCCCUGGCUCGGGCCGUGGGGCACAGGCCGGGGGGAGGCGGCGGGGGAGCCAGGCCCCUCCACAGCCGGUGACCACGGCAGCGGCGGCGGCGGAGACGGGAGCUCUGGAGAGGAAACCACGGAAGAGCCCGGCCUGCCUGCGCAGGGCAGCAGCCCACAGCCCCGGGCGCUCAGCCCAUCUGAGGCCGGAGCAAGGCCGUCGCCGCCCUCCGGUCACCUGGCCCCCGAGCAGGCCGCCGCCGAAGAAGCAGCCCCAGGACCUCUUUCUCCCCAGGUGACCGCCCAGGUCACCCCCUCGAGGAUGACCCCGCUGCCACUCUGGGAUCCCAGCCACGAGGCCAAGGCCAGACCUCAGCUGGUGGGGCCCGGCUGUGGGUCGGGCGUGUCUUUGUCCAGCAGGACUCUGUGUCAUCCUUCCUGGCCUAUGUAUGACGCCUGGGGUCGCAUCCCUACCUCGGGGCAUCCAGAAGAAGAGCGGGUGGCCAGGGAUGCAGGGCUCCCGGUGACGAGCUAUGAUGAUGUCUUUCUCUUGGACCCUCUGCUGCCCUGUGGGCAGCGCGUUCCCCUCUACCUGUCCAAGCCCCCUCAGCAGGCAGUGGGCGCUCGGAGGCUGCUGCUCCCACCUCCCAUCGUGUCCUCCUCGGUGCGUCCCUCGCCAUCCCAGGCCUGCUCCUCCGCCUGGCUCAGCGAAGCAGAGAUGAUCGCCCUCACUGGCCUGCUGCAGAUGAGCCAGAGCGAGCCGCGCUCUCAGGCCCCGGCAGGCCCUCUGACCUCUGCCAGCUGCCCAGACCCUGCCGCUGAAGGCCCAGGCCCCAGGGGUGGCCAGAGCUGUUCUGGGAGCACUGACCCGGGCCCCACACACAGCCCAGAUACCCACUGUUCAUAGCCCCUCCCUCCGUGAGUGCUGGCUUCCCACAAGCUGUUCCGUUGACAAUAAAUCCGUUCGUUUGCAAA